AUGGAGAAUAAGAACAUAAAUACUGGUUACUCAAUUGAUCACGNCUUCGACAGGAUAAGUUAACUCAAUAAAUGUUUCGAUUUGUAAGUGUCUUAUGAUUUAUCAUUUCUUAGAAAAAUCAAGUAGGCAAAUUAAUCAUCAUUUAUCAUUUUGAUGAAAAAAAUGGCAUACCAUCAGCAACACUCUUUGCAGAAAAAGGCUUUGAGAAUGUUUACCUUCUUAGUGGAGGAAUAGAAAAGUUUCUCUAAAAUUAUCCAGAAGCAGUUAUCGGAACUAAAGUACCCUCAUUUCCAAAACCGGAAUGUAAAUAUUAAUAAAUAUAUGUAGAGAACCAGAACAAAAUUAUAAAGAGAUCAAAUUAUAAAGAAGGUGAAUCUUAGAUAAAUAAAUCAGAAAAAGCUAUUAGUGACACGAAAUCAUAAAUUAGUUAAAAAUCUAAAAUUACUAGAUAAUCAAGUGCUUAAAGACAGCAAUAAUAAUAAUAGUAGUAGCAUUCAUAAUUCAUAGAUAAAUGAUUUUAUAAAUAAAUUAAUUAUGUUGUAAUUAUAGGAAUCAAAUUCUUAUUCAGAGAUCAAGCUUCCCUCUAUUGAUUUACAUACUACUCACAGACUUCCUAUUAAAAUGAACCCUAGUUAUAGAUUAAAAUACACUAAUCCAAUAAGAGUGCAAUACUUAAGAUUUUUAGAUCGGAGAAGUUUGGAUUAAAAAUUGAAUGAGCCAUUUUGUUUAGAAAGAUUUGCUAAAAUUAACAAUUACUCUUAUGAAACCAGCCAUGAAUAGUAAGGCAAUCUAUUGUAACAAUUUAAGUGAAUUGAAAUGCAGAAAACCAAAGAAAAAGACUUAACCUAAAGAGAAAGAAGUAUAUUAAAAGCCAACUCUAAGGUAUUUUAAUCCAGAAGACUCAGUAAUCCGUUAAGACGAAAUGGAUUUUAUAUUGAAUCCAAAGCCUAAUAAAUCUGUAACGUCAAAUAGCAAAGUCUAUAUUUCUGAAUGA